AUGACCUGGCAACUUUCGCUGAUGUGCCAACGUUGGUGGUGUUUUCUUGUAAUUUCAGUCGUGUCGCCCAGUUCAAAUCUAUUCAGUUGGGAUUACAGGUUCCAAGUAUACGAAAUAUACCCCCACCACGACCACCCUCAAUUUGUGUUGCUCUCCGACUGGUUGCUUGUACAGCCGAUGAACUCGGGCACUCACCUAUACUCGAUAAAUCUCAACCGAAUAGUAUUCAAAUUCGGCGAUGUCUUGAAGGUCUGGGAUUUUGUGGCCGAGACGUCAGCAAUGUGGCGCGUCCCGGACACCCACCUCCGUAAAGUGCGUUUUUUUUCAAUAUAUGCCACGCACCUCUCAGGCUUCGCUGGAUUCCAGAUUAUCAUUGCUGGGGACGCAAUCAUCUUACUUGGUAAUGCAGGCGUAUCGGUAUGGAACAUACCACCUCUUCUGCCUCAUGAUCGCGAACAUACCACCCUACCACAUGCCGACAUCCCCAUCCUCAACCCACUCUUCCGGAUCGAUUACCCUGAAUGGAUGCCACCCCUUGACUAUGAAUCUGUGAUACAAAGGCCUGGGGAUUGGUAUGCGGAGCCUUGGUGUUACGACAUUGUUACUCCCAGCGAACUCGGCUUUGAGAUUUCGCGCUAUCGGGUGAUUUUCAACAUGGACAUGACUGCGGGAACUAUCAAAAAGACAGCGGGCUUUGAGCUUGUGACCGGCACAAAACGGAUAUUGACGACGUCGUUGAGUCCUAUCGCAUGUGUCACGACCAGUUGA